GUAGUACAGAGAUCGGCGUCACCUCCUGCGAGCUUCUCAGGACCCGCACUGCCCUGGAGCUCGCCUGUAUGAACCCCAGCCUCAGGUCCCGCCAGGUGAUCGACGCUCUGGUCCUUGCGCCUCCCCGCACGGCACGUUUUGUGGAUGCUAGGACGGACCUCACCCGCCGGCCGCCCAUUCGGGUACGAACCGGGUACCCUAGCAACCUUGACGCCGAGCAGUUGCCGCGGUGCAACAACGACCACCUGCUGGAGCCCUGGGCAAUGUCCAGGCACAAAGACUGGACCUGCGACGGCUGCGAGAACUCCGACACGGCGCACCAGCAGCGCUACCGCUGCGAGGAAUGCGACUUCGAUCUCUGCAAGGACUGCUACUGGCGAGAUGGCCAAGCAGACGAGGAUUCUUCCUCAGAAGCUUCGGUGACGAGGAGGAAGAGACCAUCCGGCCGCCGGCGCUUUACGGUGCGUGGCCGCGCCGUGAAUAGCGCGAGGGGCCGACGCAAGGAACGGAAAGAUUCCCCAGGCGCGGAUGCCGAAGCAGCGAGCAGUUCUUUGCCGCCGCAAGGCGAGCUGGAUGCCUAUCGGGAAGCUCCUGAAACAGCUCGGAAUGCGAGGCCCCAGGAAGUUGAGGCCGAGCUGCCGCUUGUGCAAGAGACGACAGAGCAGCAACCAGAACCUUCGGAACCCCGGGCACUGCCGCUGCACCUGGCGGUGGCUGCUGGCAACCUGGAGCUCGUGCAGCACCUGCUGAGACACGGUGCCGUACCCAACGAGGCGACCUUCCUAGAGCUCUUGAAGCUGCCGCGGAGCCAGCGUCGGGCCAUGCAGGAGGCACUAGCUCCACAUCUGCCCUCUGGCAAGUCGGUGCCCCUCUUGGCCAGCAUUAUCUUCGGUCUCGGAAUCGAGGCGCCGGUGGCCUUCGACCAGGUGCUGGGCACCGCGCCCUUCACGGCGCUGCGCCAGGCCGAGGGAAGCCGCGCGCCAGAACUGCAAAACCGGUACAGCCUCUUUCUGCAGAAGAUGCUGGGCACCGAGUGGUUCGAGGCGGCGCGCCGCGAGUCGGUCACGGCGGAGCUGCGGGAGCUGUUGGCCAGGUCCAAAGGCGAGCUGGACACAGCGCUCUGUGCGGAGCUGGUGAAGCAGGGGGCGGACAUGCUGAGUUCAGGAAACGAGGAGGAGUCUGACGCAGAGAGCGAUACCGCGGAGCACCGAAGUUCCAGCGUGUACUGGUGCCGGACUCGCUCCAAGAGCUGCGCGGAGCUGUUGGCCCAAAGGAGUCAGUGCACAUCUGAGAUGGUGGAGUGGAUCUUUCAAGGUGAGGAGUUGUCAGAGCGCCAGAAGCAGCGGCUCCUGUCCAUGGCCAUUUGGAGCAACAACCUGGCCAUGAUGCGGCGCAUGCUGCAGCUCCUCUCAAAGCUCCAUGGCUCCGCUUGGUGGGCGCUGCAGCACAUGACCAGCACCAAAGGUGGCGAGGCCGAGGACGCCCUGCGGCGCUUCUGCACAUCUUCGCCAGAAGCAGAGGUCCCCCUUUGGGCAGUCAUCCGCCUGGGCCGAAAGCGCAUGAAGCCGGACCAAGUUCCGGAGGCUACGCAGGAGAUGAAGAGAAAGGUCGCGAGUGCCACCCAGAAGAUGCACGAGCAGGCGUGCCAGCAGCUGGAAGCCAUCCUGGCGGCGGAGGAUGCCUCCCUGGUUCCCCUGGAAGUGCUCAGCGCCAUCGACAUGAAUCCGGACGCAGAGACGCGCGCCGUGUUCAAGGACAUGCUGGGCAAAGUGCCGGAGAAGAUCUCGGAGAUGAUCAAAAAGCGUGUGCGCCGCGCGACGUCGGGACUACUCCUCUGGGAGUUGCGGCGGGCCUACGUGGAGAAGCGAGACCCGGACCUGGCUCUGGCGGCUCGGCUCCUCGAGAGUGGCGCCCAGAUGCGGCAGCGGGAGAACCUGCCGGAAGACAUGGAUGAUGACGCCGAGGUCUCCUUCCGCUUCAACGUGCGCUUCCUGCAGAGUUCUUCGGACGUGGAGACCACGCCCAGGAGCGCGCUGGACCUGCUGGCACUCAACAGGUUUGCCACGCCCUCUAGUCUGAGCCUUGCGAUCAAGAAGGCUGUGGAGUUCAAGGCGGACCCCAACCACGGCGUGGAGAAGCCGCUCUCGCUGGCUGUGCGCGCACGCAAUACCACCGCGGUGCGCGCGCUGCUGGAUGCCGGCGCCAGCGUGGACCGCCAGGCCCUCAGCGGUCUGCAGCUGAUCUCAGAAGCGCGAUGCAGAAGGGAGAUCGAGGACCGCUUCUUGGCGGCCGUCACUAGCGGGGAGUGCCCCAUGAAGCUGAAGGACGCCAGCCUUUGGCUUCUGAUACAAAGCGGCAACGUCAAGGCAGUGAAGCAGCGGCAGCGUGACAUGGACGAGCAUGUGGAGGCUGUUUGCAUGGUGGCCUUGCGCCGGUGCCGGGAUCCAGCUGCCAAAGAGGAGCUCCGGCGUCUGCUGGUGGAGCGCGCUGGCGAAGCAAUUGUCGCCAGUGCCCAAGCACAGGCAGCAACCCUGGAGUUGGUCAUGGAGCUCCGGGAAAGCCUCCUGGACGAGCGCGAGCCUGACCAGGGCCUGGUCCAAGAGCUGGUGGCGUUGGGCGCCAACACCCAGGCGCGCGGGCUCGACCUGGACAACUAUGAUGAGGGCAUGGAGUCUGAUGACGACGAGACGGAAGAGGACAGCGAAUCCGACUGUUACUCCGAUUACUAGGUUGCCAACGCAGCAACUGGCCGGGAAGGCGGCAAGCAGGGUUCCAUUCUCGGGUUCUCCGAAGGACCUGAACCCAGU